GCUUUCAAACUUAAUUAACUGUUUCAAGGCGGUUGGAACAGUAGGUACCUGAGAGUGGCUGUGUUGUCCGUUUUUAGCGUUUAAUUUUUACGGACCGUGUGUCAUUGUCGUUACUACUACAGCGUGAUGGAGCCACGGCUGCCAGGACUGCUGUUGUCCGUGGUCGCCAGUGGCAGUAGCUGGCUGAUUCCAAGCCUUCUGAUGUUGAGUGCCGUACCUGGGCUGUAUUCUAGCCAGGUGUGGACUGCCUACGUGAACAUCUCUUUUCCCAGCUCCGGUAACAGCACUUUGUGGCAGAGAGAAGAGGAUGGCGUCUACGGUGUACAAUCCUACCGGGAUACGCGCUGGGGGCUGCUGGUGCUACCAUCCUUGAAGGACCGAGACAGGUACCAAGAUGAAGCGAUCUACGGCUGCAGCCGUAAGGUCACCUACCAGGUGCCCACUUAUGUGAAAGACUGGAUAGCUUUGGUGAAGAGGGGGGGCGAGUGCACCUUUUCCCAAAAGAUUCACCAGGCCACCGAUAAGGGAGCGAACGCUGUUGUGGUCUUCAACUCGGACAUGGGCGACGUGGUCAUCCCGAUGUCUCACCCAGACACUGGAAAUGCCGUCGCUAUUAUGAUUGGAAACACGAAGGGCCUGGCCCUAGUUGAUCUUAUUCAGCGUGGAACCCCUGUGUCGAUGAUCAUUGAAGUGGGAAGACUACACGGCCCCACAGCAAACUAUUAUUCUAUUUUUUUUGUGUCCAUUGCCUUUUUUAUAGUCACUGCAGCCACUGUGGGAUACUUCAUUUUUUAUUCCGCACGAAGACUUCGGGUUAUGAGAGCUUUGAAUCGAAGACAGAAACAACUGAAACAAGAUGCCAAGAAAGCUAUUAAUCAACUUCAGCUACGUACUCUGAAGCAGGGUGAUCCGGCACUGGGCCCAGAAGGAGACAGCUGUGCAGUUUGUAUUGAAGUGUACAGGCCCAGUGAUGUAGUACGUAUUUUGACAUGCAACCACUUUUUCCACAAGGCUUGCAUUGAUCCCUGGCUGCUGGAACACAGAACAUGUCCAAUGUGCAAAUGCGACAUUCUGAAAGCGCUUGGAAUUGAGGCUGAUGUGGAGGAAGGCCCUGAGACACCACCAGAACAGGAGACUGUUAUUCCUAGUGCUCCUGAAGGAACUGCAUACACUGAGCCGCAGGACAAUCGAAGUGAAACUGCAUCUUCUGGUUAUGCUUCCGUACAAGGGGUGGAAGAAGCCACUGUGGAUGAAGAUCACUCCUCUCCUUCACAAGGUGAUCGUAUGAAUUUGGUGAACCAUGACAGUGUCCAUGUCGCAGUAAAUGUUCCUCACCAUGACAACCCAACUUUUGAAGCUGAAGAAAGUCACAUUCAGGAAGUGAAAUCGUAAUUUAAAAUUGAAAAAUGUUCAACUUGCACCUUUUUUCUAUGAACUAAAUUGGAGCUGAUUUGAUUUCUUUUAAUUUUAUGUUCUAGAACAUCAGUGUAUAUAAAACUGCUAUGAAUGUUGCGUCUGAAAUUUAAAGUUUUAGAAGAUUUUUUGUUUUAACCUUGAAAUAUUUAAAAGGAAAUGCCCAUGUAAAUGUGUUGAGCAGUUAGGGGGCCAUUAAUCGGCCUUUGAGUUGGGAAGUGUUGUAAGAGAAGGAAGGUUGUCUUUGUACAACUGAUUGUUUUAGCUGUUUUUGCAUGUUUUUCAAAAUUCAGCUACUGCCGUCAUGAAGAAUGCACAUCUUUUAAUUCUCAGAAAGGAAAUGCACUACAUAUAAUUCAUAAUGUUAAAAUUGCAGUAAAUACAAAAUGGUUGGUUUGCUAGAAAUUCAUUCAUUUGACUACAAAGUAAAGGGCCCAGCUUGCUAAACAGCCUUUGCAGGUAACUGGAUUUAAGAAGAAACCGGUAGUCAGGUUAAUUACCUGAUGUAAGGCUAUGUUACAGUACAACAGAGGGUGUAAGGUGCACUCCUUGGACACCAUGUCAGUUUUCUGCUCUGCUAACAAGGACAUGCAGGCAGCUGGAUACUAUAUAAUCCUUACUGAGUCUGGUGGUGGAUUUUUUCAGACAUUUUUAGAAUAAUAUUUGGGUUGUUAAAUAUACCUCUUGUUUUAACUGGCAUUAAAAACACCAUUAACAAAGCUGUAGUUUCUUAUGUAGUAACCUCAUUCUGUUAGUGGGAGCUAAAACACUGAAACCUAAUGAAUGCAAUUCAGUAAAGACUAUUACAUUUGGGUCGACAUUUUCAUGUGUUUCCUGCAUUUUAUAUUUGUGUAAUUUUGAAGAAAACAUGCAUUCACUGUUUUAAUUGAAGUUUACCAGACUUCUGACUUUUGUAUAAUUUGCCACUAUAUUGGAUUUUGUACACAGUAGACCAAAGACUAAUGAAAUGUGCAUCCCAUGCAUACAGUGAGGUAAUACAUACUUGUAGUUCGUGUGUAAACUACUUGCCUCCAUCCCAUUGCUGCUGUGUUUUGGGUAAUAGCUUUUUCACAAGCAGUGCUGGAUACCUAGUAUCACUCUGUCUGCUGCUUUGCCAAUGUGUGCGCUUAUUUACUUCCCUUGUAGCUGGCAUGGAUUAUUUAUAAAACAAAAUGUUGAGGUAGAAUUGUAUGAAACACUAGAUAACAGGGACUAAGCAGAAUUUAACUCUGACAAGACAUGACUAAAUGGUCAGACCUUCAUUUUUGGGAGUGAAUGCUUAACAUGCUUUGUGAACAUCACUUGUACAGUUUCAUUUUUAUGCCAAAUGUAGGACACCGCUGUGACCUUUAUAAUGUCCAUAAAGUAAUGCAAGACUCACUUAUCACAUUUAAAAUAAUGCUGGAACUUGUAAUGCACAGAAUUAACCAUUUUGCUUGUGAACCAAUAGCUCACUAUUUUUUUAAUUGUAUGUUGAUUUGAAAGCACACCUUAGUGUAUUAACAUGAAAGAGGCUGUCUUAUUUCUUUACUACAUUGUGUAACAUGGGAGCAUUUUAUAUGCAAUUAUCUUUCGGUUUUACUGCAGAAUAAAGCAAGGUGCCUUAAUGUUAGAACUUCUUACCUUUGCAAAGCAAAAACUUUGAGCACUUUAUUAUAUUUAAUUUGUCUUAUUGCUGGUUUCUUACUCGUGUUGGGGGGGGGGGUCUUUUAAACUGACCAGCUGUUCAGAAUGUUUGUGAAUCAUAUAAGAAAGAAAUUGCUAGUAUUAAUAUGAAUUAUUUUUUUCUGUGUAUGGAAUUUGGAAAUAUAAGAUGUAAAUAUCUUUGCAGUUUGUACUGUAAAAAUUCUUUGAAUGUAAAUAAAAUUAACUUCUAUUAA